CCAUUUUGUUUGUGCUUUGCUUGGUUGCUUAGUUUGGUAUCAUCAUACGAUUCACUCACUCAAUCAAUCAAUGAAUGUGUGCUUUGCUUUGUGCCUUCCUUCGAUUACUUCCUUUACUGAUUCUAUUUCCAUUCCUUCAAAGCUGUUAUUAUAUAUAUAAUCUCUACACAACAACGCAACAGAACUUCAAAUACAUUUGCUACUACAAAAUUUAUUCCACAAAUUUAAAAAGGAAGCAAGAAGAUUCAUUGUUCAUUCAUACUGCAAAUAAUAAUCGAAGAAGCUUCUACUCAUGUUGUUUAUGAGUAGAUGUUAGCUGCUGGGGAGAAAGGAACUCUAUACUGGUCAAAAGACAAACAUUGGUUGAGAUGGAGGGUAUCUCGACAGAUUUGGGGAAGACAUUUGUAGAGAAAUUGAUAAACGGUGUAAUAGGAAAAUCACGUUAUCUAUUUUGCUACAAGUGCAUUGCCAACGAAUUUGAAUUAGAGAAGGAAAAAUUGGAAGCAGAAUGGGAAACUAUGACACAGCGUUUUACAAAGGCAAAGGAAAAAGGUAAAGAUAUUCAAUCUAAUGCUCAAUUUUGGGAAAAGCAAGCUAAUAAGCUCAUUCAAGAGGACACUAAGUUAAAACAAAGAUGUUUUUUUGGAUUUUGCCCUGAUUGCAUAUGGCUAUAUAAAAGGGGAGAGGAGUUGACAAACAAAACGGAGGAAAUUAAAAAAUUGAUGGUAAAGGGAGAGAAACUUGAAAAUGUUGAACUCACCCGUAGUCUUCCAGAUGUUGAGCGUUAUUCUUCUCAAUCUUACAUUUCUUUUAAAACUAGGGAGUCGAAAUACAAUGAGCUUUUGAAUGCACUAAAAGAUGACAGUUACUAUACAAUUGGAUUGCAUGGGAUGGGGGGCACAGGAAAAACUACCAUGGCAAAAGAAGUGGGCAACCAACUUAAGACUUCAAUGCAAUUUAAUCGUGUCAUCUUUACUACAGUGUCCAAUACUCCUAAUAUAAAAAAGAUUCAAGAUGAUAUUGCUGGACACUUGGAAUUGGAAUGGAGGGCCACCAAUGAGUCAACCCGGCCUACACAGCUAUGGGACAGACUCAUCAAUGGUGAGAAAAUUCUUGUGAUAUUGGAUGAUGUUUGGGAUUAUCUCAAUUUUGAAGACAUAGGGAUUCCAAAUAGUGAUAAUCACAAAGGAUGCAAAGUUCUUGUAACCACACGAUAUUUGAAGGUAUGCAACAAAAUGUCAUGUGCAAAAACAAUUCAACUAGAACUCUUAUCUGAAGAAGAGGCAUGGGAAAUGUUCAAAAGGCAUGCUGAGCUAAGUAAUAUUUCCUCCAAAAAUAUUCUUGACCAGGGAUGCAAAAUUGCACGUGAAUGCAAAGGAUUACCAAUUGCAAUUGCUACUAUCGCCAGAAGUUUGAAGGGAGAAAAGCGUCAAGAAAAUUGGGAUGCUGCCUUAAACUCCUUACAAAAUCCUAUGCUCAUGGCCGGUGUUGAUGACACUAAGGUUGACAUUUAUAAAUGUUUGAAGUUUAGCUAUGAUAAUUUGAAGGAUAAAAAAGCCAAGGAAUUGUUCCUCUUAUGUUCUAUAUUCCAAGAAGAUGAAGAAAUCUCUACUGAAAUUCUAACCAGACUUGGCAUAGGAGUCGGCCUCUUUGGGGAAGAUUAUAAAAAAUACAACCAUGCUCGAACUCUUGUAGUUGUAGCAAAAGAUAAUCUCCUUGAUUCAUGUCUACUGUUGAGUACAAAUAAAAGAGAUGUAAAAAUGCAUGACUUGAUUCGUGAAGUAGCCCAAUGGAUUGCAAAUAAAGAGAUACUAGCAGUAGAUUUUUCUAACAAAACUCAAAAGUCAUUAGUUGGAAGGGAUAAUAAUAUCAAAUAUUUGUUAUUUGAGGGAAAUCCAAUGGAUUUGUGUUCCUCUGGGUUUGAUGGUUCUAAACUUAAGAUUCUGAUUUUCAUUGUGGACAAUGGUUGCUUUGUUGAUUCAUUCUUUAAAAGUAUUGCAGGGCUUCUAGUUUUGAAUUUAAGAGCAGGUAACCAAAGUACUAUAUCAUUACCACAAUCAAUUCGGUCAUUGACGAAUAUUCAUUCUCUAUUAAUUGAAAAUGUCAAUUUGGGUGACAUAUCUGUUUUGGGAAGCCUGCAAAGUCUUGAGACACUUGAUUUGGUUCGUUGUUCAAUUGAAGAACUUCCACAAGAAAUUUCCGACAUGAAGAAACUUCGAUUGUUGAACUUGGAACGCUGUACCGUUAAACAUAAUAAUCCAUUUGAAGUUAUCCAAAGAUGCCCAUCACUUGAGGAAUUGUACUUCAGAGUUAGUUUUAAUGAUUCUUGUCAAGAAAUAACCUUACCUGCAUUGGAAAGGUAUCAACUCAUUGAGGAUUUUGGUGAAAUGUACGAUUUUUCACUAUCAAAAUGUGUGUCUCUUCAAGAUAAAUAUUUGUCAGAAGCUACAGUUAAGCAUGUGAUUCCAACAGCAGAGAUUCUUAGAUUGGAAGGAACUAAGAAGGGGUGGAGAAAUCUCAUGCCGGAAAUUGUUCCUAUACAUCAAGGUAUGAAUGAUCUAAUUGAGCUUCGUUUGGAAAAAUUUUCACAACUAGAGUGCCUCAUAGACACUAAACAUAUUGGUUCUCCAGUACCAAAUGUGUUUUCCAAAUUGGAUGUACUAAAGCUCAUCGAAAUGAAUAAUUUGAAAGAAUUAUGCAAUGGUCCCAUCUCCUCUGACUUUUUGAACAAUUUAAAGGAGCUGACACUAAUAUCAUGCUCAACAUUGGUUUCUGUUUUUGAUUUGUCAACUUCUCAAAGUCUGUUGCAGCUAGAAAGGUUGGUAAUAUGGAAUUGUGAGCAAUUGAAAAACAUAGUUACUAAUGAAAGGAAAUCAGAUGACAAGAGUUGCAACAUAUUGUUUCCAAAGCUGAAAGUUGUCUAUAUUGAAAGGUGUCAGCAAUUACAAUUUAUAUUUCCACUUUUUUCUGCGGAAGACCUUUUGUUAUUGGAAACUAUCACAUUAAGGUAUUGUGAUAAUCUGAAACACAUAUUUGGCCAACACCAAGAUGUGGAACUUGCUUCACUGAAAAAGUUAAGGCUUGAAGGUUUGCCAAAUUUCAUCGGCAUAUUUCCAGAAUCAAAUGAUUUAUUUGAAGGGUCAUCUCAUUCCAUUUCAAAGCCACAAACACAAUUGGAGGUGGAGCCUAUCAAAUCCAAUAAGUUCCCAUGGAGUCAUGUGUGUUGUUAUGGAUAUAAUAAUAAAUUGAGGGAUAGCAGUAGCAGCACAAGUACUAAGAUUCCAAUCCCAUCGGUAUAUGAGGAUCAACCGCAACAUUGCUCAAUCUCAUUGGAAUCGUAUUGUCUUUUAAGGCUAUCACAUGUCAUGUGCAAUAUUAAAGUGAUAGUACUGGCUUAUAUUCCAAGGUUAAAAUCAGUGUUUACGUUGUCUGUUGCAUCAAAAAUGUUGUUGUUGGAGAGCUUGGAUAUAUGUAAUUGUGAUGAAAUGGAGCACAUAGUAGUAGAUAAUGGAGAUGGCAGUAGUACUGGGGUCAAUAUUGUGUUCCCAAAAUUAGAAGAGCUCUAUGUUUUUCGCUGUGAGAAAUUGGAAUACAUAUUUGGAAACAUUAAUGCUAGUGAUCUUCAUAACUACCUUCAUCUUCCAGCUUUGAGAUCUCUCUAUCUUAACAAUCUUCCAAGUUUAAUUGGCAUGGGUACCAAAAACUAUCACACAAUAUUGUCACACUUGGCGGAAAUUACAAUCAAUAGAUGCCCCAAGGUUGAUAAUAAAUCUAUUAUUGGUGAUUUUGUUUAUUCAAUGUCAAAAUCUCAGGACAGUACAACCAUUAAGGAUUUAAGUGGAUAUGAUUUGGCACCUCAUCUUGCUUUGCAACAACUCAGGGCAACAAACUCUAAAUUCCAAUGCAUCUUUUAUCUCGAUGAAAUAAAUGGAAAACAAAGGAACUUAGGAUUGCAAGAGAUUGAGUUGGAUAAUUUGGCUCAUAUGACAUACCUUUUCGUGGGUCCCAAAAAUUGUUUUUCCCUCCAAAACUUAUUGAAGAUAAAAAUUGUCCGAUGUGAAAAAUUAGAAAUGAUAUUCUCAACAUGUGUUUUAAAAUGUCUACCACAGUUGCUUCAUCUAAUGAUAGAUGAAUGUGAUGAGUUGCAAUAUAUCAUUGAAGAAGAUCAUGUGGAGAAUAAAGAAAUAUCAAAUGAUCAUAUGUUUCCAAUUAGGACAUGUUUUCCAAAACUGAAAACACUUGUUGUCAGGAAGUGUAACAAGUUGAACUAUGUAUUUCCAGCCUCCAUUUGUACAGAGCUACCUGAGCUACUGUUUCUCAUGAUACAAGAAGCAUGUAAGCUACAGAAAAUAUUUGGAGGAAGUGAAGAAAUUGAUCAAAAAGUUGGGAUUCCAAACCUACGUAUUGUAGUAUUUGUCGAACUACCAAGCUUUUUUCAGGGGAUCCAAUUUCAAACUGUAAAAUAUCGUCUUGUACACAAUUGUCAACAACUCUCUUUGAAUUCAACUUCAACAUCAACUGACGUUAUAUCAACUCUCGAGUCCACUUGUUUUGAAUAUGAAUUAGAUUAUGAAUUGGUAGGAUAUAUGCGGAAUGUGAAGGAAGAAUUAGAAGAACAUUUUAAAGCCGAAGAUACAAGUGGCGGAAAUCUAAAUGGCACUGUGAUUCAAUCAUCAACAUCUGGAAAUGAAAAUGCCAUUGAAGAUGUUGAUCAUGGUGGCUCUCAAGAAAAAACUCAGACUAAUAAUAAAGCGGAGCCUUCUAAAGAAGAGUCUGAAUCAACAUCAAGGCACGAGUUGACUUCUACACAGUUGGAGGGUUCAACGUCCGGAGAAACAGCAGCAGGAACUUUGCCUGCCAUUUCAGGAAAAAAGAAUGAGCCAACUAUACAAAUAGAUAUUGCUCCUAAACAAAAGAUAAAAAUGAAACAAGAAGCAGAGGCAAAGCAUGAAUUUGUUGAAAAGGUUCCUGAUUUAGAGAUACCACCAGUAGCAAUAUUACCAACAGACUCAAAAGUAUUAAUGAAUGAACAAUCAAUGGAUCAACAAAUGAAGACACAACAGUCAGAUGCAGAAAUCGAUAUUACAGCCAAACAUUCUCUAGAAAAUAAUGGUACCAUGAUAAGUGUUGAAGAAGGAACUACAUCAAUUCAUGAUAAAAACAUAACAUUAUCAACUCAUCCAGAAGAUGGAGAUGGAAAAAUAUGUAUACCCUCUUUUUCAAUUGUCAAUACAAAGCCUCCUGCUACAAAAGAUGUUGAUAUUGGAGCCUCUAAGGAAACUAUUGCAAUGAAAGACAUUAACAAGCUGAUCGAAGAAGACCCACUUCUUGCACUUGAGAAGCUUCUUACUGGAGUGCAAAGUUUUUCAAUUGGAACUUUACUUCAAGAAUUGAAGACUUUGAUGGACUCAUCAUCAGACAUUGACCAUCUUGUAUCGAACCAAGAGUCCAAGUCAAAAUUGAUUUCUCUUUUUCAUGGAUUGAAUCAGCAUCAAAGACUCCUACCUUCUGAUGUGAAGGAUUUUGUUGAGAAAGUACAGAGCUUCUUCAAUGAUAACAUGAUCAAACACGCUACUUAUCAACAAGUACUUAAGAAGCACAACCAACUUCUUGAUUUGAAAACCGAUCUCAUGAACAAGCUUAGGAGUGCAAAGAGUACACAAGCCCACAUUGACAGUGAAACUUCAACUGCCAAUGCUAAGAUACAUGAGCUCUCUUUACAAAUUGAAGAUCUUGAGAAUCAAAGAGAUGGUUUGAAGUCCUUGGUGAACAAAUGUGAUGUUCAGAAGAUGAAGUUGAAGGCUGAAUGCACUGAGUGGGCUCAACAAAGUAGAGAAUUACUUUCGGCACUUGCUUCAUCAGAGGUCGAAGUAAGAGAAGCUGAACGUGCAAAAAAAGGUUUUGCAAAUUUAAAAUCAUCGUUUCCUAUAUUUUAGGAAGGAACAAUAAGUUGAGUCGAAAAGAAUAAGAAUAAUAAGUUGCAAUAUUUUCUUAUGUGUGUGUAUUGCUUGUAGUGAUAUCUUUUAGUUUGAACUUUGUGUGGAAUGAUAUGUGUGUUAUAUUUCCUCGAAAGUUAUGGUGGUUGAGACUUCGAUUUUUCCAUGCUUUGUUAUUUGUUGCUCUGUACUCUUUUUUCCUGAAAAGGUUUUUAAUGAGGCAGAUGUUGAAUUCUCUUGAUUAUUUUGGUUUGGGUUUUGGUCUAGUCCGCCCAAAUACUUUUGUAUCUUCCUUUUUAUUUAAUAAUAUUUCUAAA